CUUUCAAGAGGAUGGCCAUCAGGGCGCCAAACUAUGGCUAUCCACCAGCGGAUCCUACUCGAUGGUGGACACAACUGAUCAGCGACAUGUUCAGUCAGUCAGAUCUCUACGAGGACAACAAGCAUCAUCUUCCAACGCCGAAAGAGCUGGAACAAACACUAGCUCCAAGGAUACUGCAGCGUUUCUCUUCAGCAAAGGCAUACACACUGUUCGAUGACACUGUGCCCUUUUUGCUCGCGCUGCGAAAUCUGAAAGAAGAGUUGCCAGAGCGGCAUCGACUUGCAAUUUGUAUAGCUAGCGAUAGCGAUAGCAGGAUCAUCAGCGCGCUCAGCGAGCUGCUCGAUCAGGCGAGUACGCAUGGGCGCGUGCCGGACUUGAGACCGCUGCUAGGCAUCCACUCGAGCUCGUCCAAGGGGAGCCCCGCUUGCAGCCUUGCGUCAGCCAGACCAAUAUUUGGACACGAAAUAGGCUACACCAAACCGGACGCGCGCUUCUUUUGGACAGCUCGAAAUAUGGCUUGGCCCGUUGUCGCAACAACGCAGCAAGAACAACGCACCUCAGAUGCAAAGGCGGACUCUGCAAGAGAUGGGAAAACGGUAUACGUUGGUGACUCGCACGAGCUGGACUACAUCGGUGCACGAGAAGCUGGACUAGAUGCUCUGUGGAUUGGCAGAAGCGCUCUUGCGCCUGAUGACUACGCUGCUACUCGCGCGCAACACCGCAUCGAAAGCCUCGUGGACGUGGUCAACGUCUUGCGAACAUCCUACGAGGAGGAAGGCGUGAUCGUGCGAAGCUAGAGAGCAUCUUCACCCGAAAUUAGCGCACCCGAGACUCAGAACCUACGUCUUGCGUCGCUGAACGCACACCAAGAACUCUGUAUCUCUCUCUCUCGAUGCUCUUUGCUUUGCCCAUCCAUUCCUAUACAUGCAUCACGGCAAAGGCGCUUUGCCUAGAGCACUAAUGGUGAAGUGCGCAGUGCCGAGGAACACAAAGCCUCCCCCGCUGAUCCACAGCGUUCUGGGCACAACUCCAGCAAAGAGGGCAGCUAGACCCUCUGUCCGUGCCACGUGCAGCAAGGUGGGUAUGAUACGCGAAUUGACUCCGGAAGCCUUGAGAGCUGGAGCGGAGGA